AUGGACCUUCACUCCACCUUAUUAGGGUUAAUCCUCCUCUCUGCACCUACACUAGCAGUGGCGCUAACUUCCUCCCGAUGUCCGGCAGACCACGGCCAGGCGCUCAGCGGUACGGCUGUCCGCCGUAGCACCUGUCCUCUGCCAGUCGACGACUACACUGCGUCUCGCACCGGCGAAUGGAGCCCAUGGACAGAAGAACCGCAAUGUGUCUAUCCUGAAGUCGAGGACUGGGAUGAAGACGUCAAAUUCUGCGUCUACACUUUUGGGACGUACAAUCUCGGUGAUGGAAUAAGCUUGCUCACGACCCCAGAGGCGGCGGCGAAUAUCGCCGGGGCUCUCUGGAACCCGGAGCCAGCUUGGAGAGCUCGAAAGCAUCGCCGACGGAAUACUAACUCUGAAGCUUCCGGGGAGAUAAAGUACAGGUUGGAAGAGAUUCCCGGGAAGGGUAUUGGCGCCGUGGCCACUCAAAAAAUCUUGCGUAAGGAAGUCUUUAUAACCGAUCUUCCUUCCCUUCUCAUUGAUGCCAGGCUGGAGACUCUCUCGGAGCGCCCCAUAGAAGAGUUUGAGGAAGAAAGAAAGGAAAUUUACGAGAAGGCCGUGGCGAAUCUUCUGGGGAAAGAUAGGGUGUUGCGGCUUGCGUCGAGCAGAGGCGAUAGCACUGUCGAUGACAUUUUCAAGACCAACUCUUUUCUGGUGGCUAUGGAUGAAGGCGGCAACCACAACGGCCUCUUCCCCGAGAUAGCGCGAAUCAAUCACGAUUGUGAUCCUAACGCCUCUGCUCGGUUUUCAAACGAAAAGUUUACGAUGACAGCCAUGGCUCUAAGAGAUAUUGAGCCAGGCGAGGAAAUUUCUUUUAAUUAUAUUCCCUGGGGUCUCGCAUCCGACCACCGGGAUUAUAUGACCACCCACUUCUUCGGUUUCAAAUGCCGAUGCUCGUUAUGUACGGCCCCACCCGAGGACAUCAAACUAUCGGACACCCGUCGGCGACGAAUCCAGGAGCUGGAAGUCUCACUCCACAGCGGCAACGAACCCUACGAAAGUGCUGUCGACAAGACCCAAGAACUUCUCAAUCUGGCCAACGAGGAGGGUCUCCAUGGCAAGAUGCAAGAGUUCUACCUCGAUCUUAUGGGGGUCUUUUACGACUACGGCGACUACCAAAAUGCUCUCGUCUUCGCGGAGAUGGCGUUGAACCUGGCAAAAGACUUCGAGGAACCCGGUGGAAGCGUCAUAUCUGGGAUAAGGGCCAAUAUCGGGGUCCUGAGGGGUUUGGUCGAAACAAGCUAG